AUGGCCCCCGCCACCCUCUGGAGCUGCUACAUCUGCUGCCUGCUGGCUGCGGCCGCAGGGGCCGCUAACUACCCACCUCGGGGCUACAGCCUUUACACAGGGGGCGGCGGGACGCUCAGCCCCGGGGGGCCCCAGGCUCAGAGCGCGCCCCGGCCGGCCAGCCGCCACAGGAACUGGUGUGCCUACGCGGUGACCCGGACGGUGAGCUGUGUCCUCGAGGAUGGAGUGGAGACCUUCAUCAAGCCAGACUACCAGCCCUGCGGCUGGGGCCAGCCUCAGUGUCCCCGAAGCAUCAUGUACCGCAGCUUCCUCCGCCCUCGCUAUCGUGUGGCCUACAAGACAGUGACCGACAUGGAGUGGAGGUGCUGCCAGGGCUAUGGGGGCGAUGACUGCAGGGAGGGGCCUGCCCCGGCGCUGGGCCCCGCCCCCUCUACACCGCGGCCCCCGCCCCGGCCCGCCCGCCCCAACCUCUCUGGCUCCAGUGCCGGCAGCCACCUCAGUGGGCUGGGGGGGGAAGGUCCAGGGGAAUCAGAGAAGGUGCUGCAGCUGGAGGAGCAGGUGCAGAGGCUGGCGAAGGAG